AUGAAGCGGUUCGGUGACGUCGUGCGGCGAUGGACGCGAGGGCGGACGGUGAUUGGGGGGUUAGGACGGCGGGGGGGGGCGGCGGACGCGGACGUCGCGCGCGGCGUCGGCGACGGGUGCGCGGCGGCGACGCGGGGACGAUGGACGAUCGCGAGCGAUGGGUUCGAUCGAUGGAGAACGCCACCGGUGCGGUGGAACGUGCGAGAGAUUUCGUCGUCGGCGUCGACGUCGGGGCGGGACGAUCGAGGGAAACCGCGGGUCGGGUACAAGGGAAAAAAGUUGACGACGGAUGAGGCGGACGCGGCGGACGGGGAUAAAGGUGGACGAGGGAAGGAGAAGCCGCAACCGCGGGUGUCGAGGUAUAGAAAAUUCAACGUCGUGGGUAAGGGUACGGUGCGGGCGAAGCGGGAGACGAAAGGUAAGGAGGAGGUGCGGUCGCUCGAGAGUCCGCGCGCCGGCGGCGGCGUCGAGGUCGCCGAGGGCUCGACGCUCACCGCGUUCGCGAAGGAGUUGGAGAUGGAGGUGAGAGAUCUGGAGCAGGUGCUCGCGAAUCUUGGCGAGUCCCUGGCGUCGAGUGAAGACGCGGUACCGACGGAUGUGAUGGAACUCGUCGGGUUGGAGCUCAACGUCGACAUCGCCGUGACGCCCGAUUUGAACGCGGAUGUCAAGGAGCUCGUGAGGCGUCGGGGUGUCGUGGCGGUGAUGGGACACGUCGAUCAUGGUAAAACUACCCUAUUAGAUUCGCUUCGCAAGACUUCCGUCGCCGCGGGUGAGGCUGGAGGGAUUACGCAACACAUUGGCGCGUUCGUCGUGGAACUUCCGGGAGGUAACGGAUCGCUGACGUUCCUCGACACGCCUGGUCACGCCGCUUUUAGCGCGAUGCGGCAGCGUGGGGCGUCGGCAACGGACGUCGCCGUCUUAGUCGUCGCCGCGGACGACGGUGUCAUGCCGCAAACGCGCGAGGCGGCGGCCCACAUACAGGCAGCGGGCGUGCCGAUGGUCGUCGCGUUGACAAAGAUUGAUAGAGAAAACGCUGAUCCACAGCGCGUCAAGGGCGAGAUCGUGAGCAUGGGAAUAGAAUUAGAAGAGUUUGGGGGUAAAGUGCAGUGCGUGCCCGUGUCGGCAAUCGCGGGAGAGGGAUUAAGAGAGUUGGAGGAGUGCCUCGUGCUCGAGGCCGAGUCGCUCGAACUGAUGACUUCGCUCACGGGUAAAGUCGAUGGAGUUGUUUUAGAGGCAAAAUUGGAUAAAGGACAAGGACCGGUGGCCACUGGUCUGUUAAAGGCGGGGACGCUCAAGGUUGGAUCCCACGUCGUCGUCGGCAAUCAAUAUGGUCGAGUGCGAUCGCUGCGCAACGGGGCUGGAGAUUCGCUCACGCACAUCGGUCCGGCUGAGCCGUUCGAACUCGUGGGUCUGAAGGGCGUUCCUUCCGCGGGUGACUCGAUUACCAUGGUUCAUUCUGAGUCCAGAGCGAAGAGAAUCUGCGAAGCUCGCGCUGAGCGUGAGGCGGCUUUGAAGAGCGCGUCCGCGGAGCCCGCGCCGUCGCAGUCUGAAGUCAAUCCGGAGGAGCGGGGACAUUUGAACGUCAUCGUCAAGGCUGACGUCCAAGGCACGGCGGAGGCGGUCAGAGACGCUCUCUUAGGUCUCUCCACGGACGCGGUCGGACUCAAAGUCGUCUUCAUGGGCGUCGGUGCGAUCACAGAGAGCGACUUGAACCUGAGCGCCGCGAUCGGCGCCCCGGUGCUCGGCUUCAACGUCCGCGAGCCGCCCAACUCGAUCGCGAAGAUGGCCAAACAAAAAGGUGUGCGCAUCGUCCGGCAUCGCGUUAUUUAUCACUUGCUAGACGAAGUGGGAGAGAUGCUCACCGGUCUCGCGCCCAUGGAGGAGCACGAGCAAGUGGAGGGCGAAGCCAGCGUGAUGCAGAUUUUCGACAUGUCCGGCACCAAGGGCAACAACGCCACGAUCGUCGCCGGGUGCGUCGUUGGGCAAGGAACUAUGAAAGUCGGUGAGAAGUUCAAGCUGAUUCGCGAUGGCGUAUGCGUGCACGAGGAGCUUUUAGACUGCGCGUCGAUGCGCCGCCACCGACUCGAGGUGGACUCCGUCGGCAAAGGAAGCGACUGCGGAAUCGCCCUCGCCGACGUCGUUGAUAUUCGAAUGGGGGACGUCAUUCAGUGCGUCUCCAUCGUCCGUCGUCCGCUGCGUUCGGUCAAGGUUGAAUCUGGCGGUUCGAUGGUGAUGAAGUAG